UUGCCUGUGGUGGAAAGUUUAAAAGAGCUUGUGUCCCACAGUCCCUCAGCAGAAGCAUCAAUCAACAUGAUCCCUGUUGUGCUGGCCUCAGUGCUUAUUGCUAGCGCCUUCGGGUGCGGCACUCCCCCCGUUGAGCCUCUGACUUUCCGAGUGGUCAAUGGAGAGGAUGCCAAACCCCACAGCUGGCCCUGGCAGAUAUCUCUGCAGUAUGAGAGGGAUGGCGAGUGGAGGCACACAUGCGGGGGGUCUCUGAUUGCUGCCAACUGGGUCAUGACUGCUGCUCACUGCAUCAAUACCGCGCUCUCCUACAGGGUGUUUGUGGGCAAACACAACCUGGUUGAGGAAGAGGUUGGCUCCAAGGCCAUCCUGCCUGAGAAGAUUAUUGUCCAUGAGAAGUGGAACCCUAUCUUUGUGGCCUUCGGUAACGACAUCGCCCUGAUUAAGCUGUCUGAGUCUGUAACUUUGAGUGACCAUGUGCACUUGGCAUGUAUUCCUGCUGCUGGUACCGUGCUGUCCAACCUUUACCCUUGCUACAUCACUGGAUGGGGCAGGCUGUACACCGGAGGUCCCAUUGCUGAUAAGCUGCAGCAGGCUUUGAUGCCUGUGGCCGACCAUGCCACCUGCUCACAGCCUGACUGGUGGGGUAUCGCUCUGAGGACCACCAUGGUGUGUGCCGGCGGGGAUGGAAUUGUGGCUGGAUGCAAUGGAGAUUCUGGUGGCCCUCUAAAUUGUAAGAACUCUGAAGAUGUCUGGGAGGUCCACGGCAUUGCCAGCUUUGUGUCUGGCCUUGGCUGUAACUAUAAGAAGAAACCAACUGUCUUCACCAGAGUGUCUGCUUUCAAUGACUGGAUCGACCAGGCUAUGAUGAACAACUAAAGAAUAUUUCACUUAAAUAAAAAGACCAGAGAUUGCAUUAAUCCCCGUCAUAUCUGUACUAAUUCAGAUCUUACACUCUCUCCCUUUUUUAAAGAUACUGAAUCUUGAAAUUUGAGCUCUUUUAUCACUUCACAUCAAUAAAUAACAGCAUUUCCUUGCUUGCGAGACACUGAAACAUUAUCCUCAAUCCCCCAGCAGGUGUCCUCCUACACUUAUGGUAUGGAGCUGUUUCUGACAGCUCUCCAAAUGUGGAUUUUCUGCUCACAAACCAAUUCUUCUGCCUGUUAAACAGCAGCAACAAACAAGUGUGAUUCAUCUCAAAAUGCUCCUUAAGAAACAAGACUUGCUCUCAGACAAAACUGUCAUAUGAGGAUAUGCAGAAUGAUGCUAAGUGCCUUUCUGGGGGAUGAGGGUGGAAGCUGUGUGCGUCAUAAAGAAAUGGAAGAUAUGAAUCUAAUAAUAAAUGCAUGAAAGUGACCUGUUUGUCUCUGUGUCCUCUCACACUUCAAGUGAGCGUUAAGGUUUAUUAAAACUAUGAUUUAUUCCAUCGCAGGAAAAUAUUUCCUCACGGUAACUGUGAUCUGAAAAUAAAACUUAAAAUGACAUGGUUGAAAUGAACAUUUCUGUUUUUAUCCCUUUCCUCUCUCUAUGCUGUAAUGAGAUAUGGAUGAAAGAAUAAGUGGGGUGAAAACUGGCAAAGAAAUUAAAUUGCCUUUCUGCGCUUUUUCUUCUCUGUUCCACUCUCUGUCACACUCACAAGAUACAGUUGGAAACACAUACUUUAAAUGUACUGGAGGCAUGCGAAUGUCUACUAACAUGAGAUGCAAAGAUCGGCCAUGACGUGUCCUUUAUGAUGGAAUAGUGAUGACUGUCAGUGGCAGUACAUCUGUGUCUGUAUGGUACACUGAAAGAGGAUUAAAGGAGCGGCAUGGGGACAUGAUAUUCUCCAACUAGAUAUAUCUCUGACGUGAUGAAUCACACAUCUGAAGGAGAGCUUUCUCUGGUGUAUCAGUCUAUAGCCUAUUAUGGGUAUCCCAUCAAAGCCUUCGUGUAGUUUAACGCACAAAACUACUCUCUGACUAUUUCAGUUGGAUGUAAAUAUAUGGUCGCCCGUCAGUACUUGAACAUUAUACAUAAAGACAAACCUAUGAGGC